AUGGCUCAGGCCGCCGCGGCCGCCUACAAAACUGUCCCCGAAGGUUUCGCGCUCGACUCGCUGCAAACGCAUUUCAUGCUGGCUCCUGACGCGACCAAGCCUUUGGUCUAUCGGGUCCAGAGACUCAGUUACGGUCGAAGAUUCGCGGUCCGGCUCGUGACCAUCGAGCAAGACCAGAAGGCAUGCGUGACGAUAACGACCAGUUUUAUGAACAACGUUUCUUGGACGGGUCAGGCCAUGAAGUAUGAGGUGGCCGUGAAGAUGAAGCAACGGAUCGACGAAAUGGAUAUCACCUUGGACGAUUUCGAGGCGACACGCACUUCGCUUGGACCGUUCAUGAAGUCCGAGAGACUUCCACUCAUGUACGAGGUGAUACGACAACGCAAUGCAGAGCUGACAUGGUGUAUCGAUCUGAUAGAACCGCGAGACCCAAGCACGACCAUUGCACCUGUAAUCGCUCAGAUCGAUCCGCCGAUCAAAUCAUCAACCGGGUCGCCAGGCCACAUCUUAGCAAUCAUCCAUCUGUCAGACUACCAUGUCAUGGACUGCCCGUUGUCCAUCCACGGGGUCGAGUUCGGGCUCUGGAAGAUUGGCGACCACACGAAGACGCCCACAACGGCAGGCAUGAAGAUCAUGACGAGUCUUAACCACACCGUCCACUUCCACGUCCAUGACGACUUCCGGGCUGACGAGUUGGUCUAUAUUGAAGUGACUUCACCUUGGGCGAGGGAUGGUAGAGCCAUGAUCCAUUCCCGAAUCUAUAGUAAACGCGGGUUGCUGAUUGCAACGUGUGUCCAAGAACAUAGCGUUGCCUAUUCGACGAACCCUGAAGCUGUCUUCCCGGAGUUUGAGAUUCUGGGACCUCGGCCGGCAGAGCUUUACAAGGCUGGGCAAAUGGCAAUUCUGCGCGUCAUGCCUGGGGCUUGA